AUGACGGGUGUUCAUCAUUGUCGGUUUCGAGUCUCCUUGGGUUUCUCUGAAGCAUCUUCAGACUUGAACCACGCUGUUCUGCACUUCGAUACAUCUUUAGCCUCUUCUCCGUUUUUCGUUGCACUGAUCGAUCGACUGUACGGAAAAGUAACCAUCAACACAUGUGAUAGCCCAGCCUGUCUCUACCACCUUUGCUCGACAUCUCAGGUCGCAACAACACAUGUCCCUUUUAGCCUUUUUCAAGGCCCUAAUUUGCCUGACUUAUGCUUCACUCGAAGGCCUCAGGUUGAUACUUCUCUUGGCCAGAUUUUCUUGAUCUCAAACUCUGUAUCAGCGGUGCUCGUGCCUCGCCUCGCCUCGCCUCGCUACAAAAUGCGCAUCACCUACGCUGGUUCAGCUGAGCCUAAACAGCCUAUCUCAGAGGAUCCAGAUCAAUAG